AUGCUUGUCCGCGGUCUUCUCCCAACCUCGUUGGUCUUUGGGCUACUCCCCAAUGCCGUUGCGAUUUCAACAGGCCAAUCUGCCGGUAGCGGCAUACAUUAUCGACAUGGCCAACAGAGUCGCCAGGCGGAGCUGGUGAGUCGCGCUUCCUUCCCAAAGCUGCGCAGGCAGAGCUCCAACACGUCCAUUGAAGUUGGGGAGCAACCUGAGUUCUGGCUCGAGUCCAUCGCAUACCAGGGUAUUUCGCCUCUAGGACCCUCAGGAUAUACAGUUUUCCGCAAUGUCAAAGAUUUUGGAGCGAAGGUGGCGGGCGCUGCGGCGAGGGCUGCUUUUCGAGCACCACGACGCCCGAUCGUCUACUUCCCUGCGGGCACGUACGUGAUCUCGGCUUCUAUCUUCGACUACUACAAUACCAUUAUCACUGGAGAUCCCAACGCGCUGCCUGCUCUAAAAGCCUCAGCUAGGUUCGAGGGUGGAUAUUUGAUUGAAGGGACUCCGUAUUUCGGUCCGACGCUGAACUGGCCCGCGACUACUGUAUUCUGGAGACAGUUGCGCAACCUCAUUCUAGACACUACGGACGUCGCCGCGGAAACGCAGAUCAGUGGUUCUGCUGGAUUCGCCGGUAAUAUCGUCUUCAAUGGAGGCAAAAUUGCGGCAGCCCUGGGAAACCAGCAGUUCACCAUGCGCAACCUGACCUUCAACCACGCUAAAACUGCCAUCAACCACUCUUGGAACUGGGGCUGGACAUACCAGGACCUCAGCACCAACGACUGCGAGGUUGGGAUUGAUAUUUCGACUGGCGGCAGCGACAAACAAGCGUUGGCUCCAUCACGGUUUUCGACAGCUCCUUCGGAACACACCCGUCGCGCAGUCCGAGUCGUCCAUGCCGCACAUUUCAAGCAGCAUCAUACUGGAAAACAGGGACCCGCUGGCAUGGUUCUAGGGGGUAGUUCAGGAACUUCUGUUAUUGCGGGCUGGGGCCAGGGCAACCAGUACGUCCCUGCUGGGCCUACCAGAUUUGCCGGUGACAUCACGGCGGUUUCGCGUCCUGCAGGAUUGUUGGACGGCGGAAAGUAUUAUCAACGCUCCAAGCCACAGUACGAGUCUCUUUCUGUCUCGCCAUUCUCCAGCGUCCGGGAAGGAGGCGCCACCGGUGAUGGAACCACGGACGAUACCGAUGCGCUGCAGAAUGUCAUUGAUGCUGCUGCCGUAUCUGACAAGAUCGUCUUAAUCGAUGCUGGCGUUUACAAAGUGACGAAGGCAUUGCGCAUCCCUGCAAAUUCCAGGAUUGUCGGCGACGCAUUCCCAGUCAUCCUGUCGAGCGGCGAGUUCUCCAAACCAGGAGCAGCCCAAGCCUGUGGUGCAGGUCGGGCAGCCAGGGUCCCAGCAGACAAGCAAGGAGUGUGCCAAAACACCGGACACGGUGAUUACGAAAGCCAACAAGGACUGCAUUGUAGCCUAUAUGCUCAUCCACGUCAUCCCCUCAGCUUCCAAUCUGUACAUGGAGAAUACCUGGCUUUGGGUUUUCUGACCAAACGAGGCCGCCAGAGCCAGAUCACGCUCUACAGCGGACGUGGUUUGAAUAUCGAGAGCACAACGGGAAACAUCUGGCUGUCCGGCACCUCUGUCGAACACAGCGUGCUCUAUAAGUACCAGUUCGUUUCCACCAAGAACGUGCAUAUGGGACAGAUCCAAACAGAGACAGCGUACUAUCAAAGCCUCCCUAAUGCUCUGAUUCCUUUCGCGCCUAAUCCCUCAAUCCACGACCCCGACAUCACCUCAAGCUGCGAUGGCCGCACAGGGAACUGUGCUAUUGGCUGGGGUCUCCGAAUCGUUGACUCGCGAGAUCUCGCCGUGUACGGCGCCGGCUUGUAUUCCUUCUUUGAUAACUAUGACACAGAAUGCUCCGCGUACGGCGGUUAUCAGGAUUGUCAGAACUCCAUUUUCAGCAUCGAGGGAGAAGUGACAAUAUUGGUGUCUUCACCAACAACAUCGCGUAUUUUAAGGGCUAAGUUGGACCGGCUUGUCCUUGAACGGUACGUUGCACCGUUAGACGCUUCAGACUUGGAGGACAAUCCCUCGGCACCCCUUGCAGCCUGGCCCUAUGUGUAA